ACUAUUAUCAGGAGAAUUUAUGACAAAUAAAGAACUAGCCUUGUAUUGGUAUAACAGUGUUCUGUGUAUAAGUAUGUACAGCUCUUGCCUCUGAGCCCUGAUACUUCUUUUACUGCUAUGACUGUAUAAAAUUUUCUGUAAUUGCAACAAAGAACAGCAAUACAACAGUCAGGCUGUAUAUACACUUUGAAAAUGGCAGGUUAACUCUUUCUAUACCGCCCCAGCUAAAAUCAGUCCUGUGGGACUGAUGACUUCAAAAUCGAAUUGUGAAACAACCACUGGUCGUCUCGCAGGCUAUAAAAGCUCAAAAUACGGCUUUUGAAUCAGCCAAUCAGAUUCAAGUAUUUUCGUUUCCGUGUGAGUUGUAGAUUCGGGCCAGCAACAUCACAAACAUUCAAAAAACAAAAUGGCGAAGGCUGGAAGCUCAAGGAGAAUUUCUCUUGAAGAUGCUGUCAAUUAUAUGCUUGAAACUGAUGAUUCUGACAUCGAUUCAUGUCAUGGGGGCCUCAGUAGUGACGAAGAAGAAAGAAUAGAUAAUGCUUUAUUGGGUUACUACUCGGAUUGGGAUGAAAAUGAUCCAAAUGCUGAUGUUGAAAGCAAUCUUGUCGGUCGCUCAUCACCGCCUCCUUCUUCACCGCCACCGCCGCUGUCCACAAACUCGACUGAAACGUUGAACAAUGAAAGUCAAGUAACUGCUCUAAAUUCUGCUGUUUCUCUAACAUUCUGUGCCAAUAAUAAUGUUCCUGACCAUGCCACAGUCACUAAUGAGCCCAGUACGAGAAUUUCUCGUCGCACGCGCCGUCCUCGAAAGCAGGUUAUUGAUUUGGGGUCAACCGAUGAUGACUGCGAUAACAAAGAAAACAUUUGCGAGAAACAUACCUCUACAAAAAAAGGUAAAAAGAAGCCAGCUAACAAGAAACCAGCCAAUAAGAAGCCAGCUAAUAAGGAGCCAGUAGCACAUAAGAAUACCAAGAGUUAUGAUGAUCCAGAUACUCCAAACAUUCUACCAGAUUUUACUCCGACACGUGACCCAGGAUUGCAUUGUGAUGUUCCAUUGAUACGCGGCGUUCAAGAAAUUGAUUUUUUCCAACUAUUCUUUAGUGAGGAAUUGAUUCAGGAUAUAGUGAAGCAUACUAAUACAUAUGGCUGGAGAAACAUCAGCAAAAAGAAAAGUUGUGCAAAAAAAGAUGGGUCAUGGAAAGAAACCUCUGUCCACGAGAUGAAGCAAUUUAUCGCUUUACUUAUGUACAUGGGUAUCGUGCAGCUACCGCGACACGACCGAUACUGGAGUGUCAAAUCACUGUUUCAUGGUUUAUGGGCAAGGGAGAUGCUGUCCAGGAGUAGGUUCUACGCUUUGUUGUCCAUGCUACAUGUUGUGGAUCCUGAGGAGGAGGAACAAGGUCAUAAGCUAAAGAAGGUCGCACCGUUCAUCGAUCAUUUUAGAAAUCGAGGCUGUUAUCAGGCAACUAACCAGUAUGGAAGAGUAUGCAGAUCCUCCUGUUUACAAUAACUUCCAAGCUCCCAUUGAUAAGAGAUAUAACACUGAACAUAUGCCGGUAUUCACCGAAGAGAAACGAAAUUGUAAAGUCUGUUACGCAGAGUUGAAGAAGCAAGUCCGUGUUUACACGAAGUGUUCUGCUCCACAAUGUGAUGUUUAUUUGCACUUUACAAAAGAAAAUAAUUGUUUUCAGAAGUGGCAUACAACAUUCAAACACUAGGAAAAACAUUCAUUUGUGCAAAUUUUCUUUUGUUUGUAUUCCUGUUCUUUAUUAGGAUUUGAACCGAUUAUUCGUCGGUUUACGAUAAUUCUCUAAAUAGGAGGAGGCUGCUUCAUGUGACCAUAUCUCCGGAA